CUCACGCGCUCACACGCUGCGUGAUCCCCAUCACAAAAACCCGAGAGCUCCGCUGAGCCCAAUGGAGGAGUAGUAAGAUAGUACGAGUAGUAGCGGGAGCGCUCACAGGGUUUUCCUCCUUUCGCCUCCUUUUUUUCCUCCUCCUUUAUUUUCCUUUUUAAUGGAUUCGCCUUUUUUCUGGAAUAUUGCUUCAUCCCAGCGCGAGUGAGCUGCCGUGAAUCCCGAGAGGACAAGUCUCCCGACAGGAGACAAGAUGGCGUCCAACAACACGCUGCGCAGCUACUCCAUCAUCCCAUGCUUCAUCUUCGUAGAGCUCGUCAUCAUGUCCGGCACGGUGUUGUUGGCCUACUACAUGGAGUGCACGGACCUGUUCAGCGUGCACGUGCAGGGCUUCUUCUGCAACGACGCCGAGCUGAUGAAGCCCUACCCGGGCACGGAGGAGUCCAGCUUCAUCCCCCCUCUCAUCCUGUACUGCGUGGUGGCUGCUGCUCCCACCACUAUAAUUUUCAUCGGAGAGGUGUCCAUGUACGUGAUGAAAUCGACGAGGGAAGCUCUCCUAGCCCAGGAGAAAACCAUCGUGACAGGAGACUGUUGUUACCUCAACCCCCUUAUCCGACGCAUCAUACGCUUCAUAGGUGUGUUCGCAUUCGGCCUGUUCGCCACAGACAUCUUUGUCAACGCGGGCCAGGUGGUGACGGGAGGUCUGUCGCCCUACUUCCUGUCUGUCUGCAAGCCCAACUACACCGGCACCGAGUGCCGUUUCAAUCACCAGUUCAUCAUCAACGGCAACAUCUGCACCGGGAGCCCCGUCGUCGUGGAAAACGCUCGCCGAUCGUUCCCGUCCAAGGAUGCUUCGCUGAGUGUUUACUCCGCUGUUUACCUGACGAUGUACAUCACCAGCACCAUCAAGACCAAAUCCAGCCGCCUGGCCAAGCCUGUGCUCUGUCUGGGCACGCUCUGUUCGGCCUUCCUCACCGGCCUCAACCGAGUCUCGGAGUACCGGAACCACUGUUCGGACGUAGUGGCCGGAUUUAUACUGGGAUCAGCCGUUGCUCUGUUUCUGGGUAUAUGUGUUGUGAACAACUUCAAAGGCGUCCACAGUGCAGCAGCUAAACAGAAAACCGAAGACUACCGCGGUCUGCCUCUGAUGACUUUCCCCCGUGUAGAGAGCCCUCUGGAGACCCUCAGCGCACAGAACCACUCAGCAUCGAUGACGGAGGUCACAUGACUAAGGGGGCAGCACCGGGUCACGUUUGCGUCUCCACAGCACUUCCAGACACAAUGACGAGGACGCAUGCCACGUGGCUCCGAAUGCUUAACAAAAAAACACUGCUGAUAUAUCUGUUUAAUUCACCCCGAGGGACAAAAUGCACCGUGUUUCUAAUGGUUCUCAUCUAGUUGGGCUAUGCUCAAUUUAACCUGCCAAGGCACAGCUAUAGCAACAGUGGCAACAAUAUCACGAGGCAAACUUAAGCACAGAUUGUUUUUCCAGAUAUUUGAAGCCAUUCGAAACAUUCGGGACAUUUUUUCCCUCCAAGGUGCGCUGUUUGUAGUUAGAGGACGGUGUUUUGUACAUUUUUGUAUGAGCGAGUGCUGUAGCCUAUCCUGACGGUGUUAAACCCGCGCACUUCCUGUCGGCUGACUCACUCUGUUUUACAUCACAUCCUGUCAGGUGACUUGCCUUGUCGAUCACCACAUCUAUUCCCCCUCAGUCUGAAAAAUCUGCUAUGGAAAAAAAAUAUCGAUGUUGUUGUUCUGUGAUGUUUGUCAUUUGUACAGGAAAAAAAAAGACAGAAUCCUUCUUUUUAUUAUCUCUCUCUGUACAUUAACUGACCGUGUCAGGUCAUAUUUUGUAAAGAUUUUUGUCAAUCUGUAUGACUAUUAUGAUCCAUUUGGACCUGUUUGCCUGCUGUGUAAACCUGGAUAUGUUUUGGUAUCAGUUUAGGUGUUUUGGGGAACGAACCCUCCCCUCCCCUUUGGAGGAAACGACAAGGAAGAGUCAGUGACAUCCUCCGAGUCAGAAAAUGGGGUUUUGGCACUUGCGGUGCCGUGUUAUCAGCCACAAUGAAAGUGAAAUAGGUUGAAAUUCUCACUAUGAGUGUGUUUCACCCCGAUUUCCUGAUUCACUGUGAUGUUAAUAGGAUUUUUUUCUACAGAGAGGUCCAGUGGGGCUAGCCUGCGCCAGAUCUACCUGAAGAUUUCACUGGUAUGGCUGUACAAUUAAAUUUAAACUGAAAUCCCAGUAGAAGACAUCCUUAUAAAGUACAUGGAGAAAAAAGAGACAGAAAUGCUCUUUGGAGUGAAACUGAGUGACUUACUUAAGGCCUGGCUAGCCCUUUUUUAAUGGAAACCAGGCUAAUGACUCCUGCUUCACUUUUCCUCCUUGAGGCACCCCCUCCCCACCCCACCCUCCCCAACCCACCAGUGGAUUGUGAUGCAAUGUUGUGACUCCAUUUCCCAUUGGAAGAUAAUGCCCAGCAUGAAGAGAGAAGUCAAGAUGUUUUAUAGAUAUUCAUGAUUUCAAUUAUACUCAUUACCAUUGUGAUUAUGAACGUUUUUUUACUUUCAAAACAAAAAAAAGUGUUUCAUUUGAAAUGCUACAUAUAUAUAUUUUUUUCUUCGUUUGUCCACAAAAUUAAAUAGUCAGUAGCAACAA